GUAGCCUGUAUAGCGGACGCUACUCGUUAGCUUUCGGUUCAACAACUGUCUAAACUAGAUAGGUUAUGUUUAUGUAAAAUAUUUUGUUGAUUUUUUUAAAGGAUUGAAUAAUUGUCUGCAAAAAUGUCUCUCGUGGCGAGACUGUGCGAAAGACACUCUGUCUAUUUGAUACCAAGUAUCAACAAUUUGACAGUGGUAAGAAGUGUUACAAAGGCCAGAAUACCCAACACAGCAACUUCAAAAACAGAUAAAGAUGGUUUUCGAAUAUUGGAGUUGAUACCAAAACCACCCGAAAAACAACAAAGAAUUGUAAAAAAAAUACAAGCUCUACCUCCAAGAAUGAAUCAAAUGGCCGUUGAUCAAGAUUGGACAUCAGUUUGGCCUGGACAAAGGACUUUUCAUCCAGCAUCUGUUCCUUUACCUGUUCGUCAAGGGUAUCCAAAAAAAAAUGAAGCUCCUCCUAGUAAAUAUGGCAAUGCUGAGUUGAUGAAAAUUCCAAACUUUUUACAUUUAACUCCUCCUACUAUUAAAAGACAUUGUGAAGCACUAAAAAAAUUUUGUACCAAAUGGCCUGAAGAACUUGACACUGAUAUUAGUUAUGAUAAACAUUUUCCUUUAGAAGUUAUUUACUCAAAUUACUGCUAUUCAGGUCCAUCAAUUAGGGAACCAAUGGCCAGAAUAGUAAGUUUUAGAGUAAAAUUGUCCAAUUUGACACUAGAUCAACAUGCAAAAGACAAAAUUUUAAGACUUGUUGGUGAGAGGUACGAUCCUGAAUCAGACCUUCUCACAAUUGUAGCUGAUCGAUGCCCUAUUAGGAAACAGAAUUAUGAAUAUGCUGAAUAUUUACUAACAGCUUUAUAUCAUGAAUCUUGGCGAAAAGAAGAAUGGGAAAAUGAAAAAACUCUUGCAGAUAUGGAAUAUUAUGAUUGGGAUUUAGAACAAAGCAGAAAAAAUUUAGUAACAGUAUAUGCUUGGCCUGAAAUACCUCAAGAUUAUGAUUAUGAAAAUAUUCCUAAUGCAACGGAAUACAAGAUUGCUGUAUCUGAUUUAGUCAACAAUGGUGAAGAUGAUUUUUCUGUUAAUAAGUAUAAAGAAGCUGUAAAGAAAAUUAUGUUUUGGAAGCCUGACGGGGACAAACCAAAUGAAAAAUAAAAUCUUGUUAUGAUUUAGAA